AUGGCUCAUCUAAAAUUAAAACGUUCUCGAAAAUUUUCUGCACUUGGUCUUUUUGCACUGGCACUAUUAGCUGUCGCGUGUACAGUUGUUCUUUCACUCAUUCCACUUUAUGUAUCAAAAGGCGAUUUUAACAUCAUCAACAACACCAACAACAUCAGCAACACUGCUGCCAUCGCAGCAUUACAAGAUGCUAAAAACUCACUUACUUCGUUAAGUACUUCGUACAUGUUGCCACCUGGAUACGGAAAAAAGCGUGCCGCGGCAUCCAUCACCAACCGGGAAUUAACUGCUGUUUCUCUGCAACAACAAAUCGGUGCUGCCAAAGGAUCCAUCAGCGUCAUCGGCAUCUUCAGUUUACCAGCAACCGGUCUCAAAGGUCGCCGUCGCCGCAAGUAAUUUUCUUUUUUAAUUAAUUUUUGUUGUUUAUAUUUACCUAUGACUAUACAUAUAGCCUUCAAUGCGACAAAACAGAUCUUUCAGGUAUUGCUAUCAUCUUUGACGUCACAUUAAAUUAUCCGCCAAGUUUACCAUGCCAAAAUUUGUCUUGUCAAGUCGAUG